CCAAAAGAAUACAUUGCCAGAUUAUCAUCAAGUCGUCAGAGCGUCAAAGUGUCGGUGCCAACCCAACUGCACAGAUCGACUGUAGCUGCUGGGUUAAUUAUAGCAAGUACAGAGACCUGAAUGGCAUAUGAUAAAUCAUUUCAGGCAAUUUCAUUGGCUAAUGGCACAGAACAGAAGCUGAGACUAGAAACUCGCCAGGGACUAUUUACUGGCUUGAUAUAUGGCCGCUCAGUCUUUGCGACCAACCUGCCACUUCUACGCCGCCAGUAGUUUUUCGCAGAGAGAGGACAUUUGAGGAUAUUGUUGCGCAUUCACCACAGUAUCCGGUCCUCGGCACAUACGUGCGGCGAUAGGGAAAGCCCAAUUCAACCUCCUCUCUGCGAUGUCUGCGAAGCCUACAAUGAAUCAAUACACUAGAGGUCCAACUUUGGGAGGACCUUCGAAGGCAUCAGCUACAACGUUAUGCCAGAAGUGCCUGAAAAGAGGCCAUUAUAGUUACGAGUGUAAAGCUGUGGUCCAAGAACGGCCUUAUGUUUCUCGCCCGUCUCGGACACAACAGCUGCUGAAUCCGAAGCUUCAACCCAAGUUAACAAGUGAUGUCCCACAAGCUCUACUCAGAAAGGAAGGGGUGGCAGAUGAGUUGCUAGCUAAAUCCGAUCAAGAGAGGGGCAGGAAGCGUGAAAGAGAAGGCGAAGACCCUGCCAUUCCUGGUACAUCAAAGAGAAUGAGGUCAGCGUCGUCAGUCUCCGUUUCAACGAUAUCUACAGGAGUUUCACGUUCACUUUCGUCUCCACGAGACUUCGGAAAGGACAACUCGCGCAAGAUUGCAUCACGAAGCGCUUCGCCACCUCGUCGAAGGUCCCGUUCUAUGUCUUUGAUCCCUCCUAGACACCUUACAGACUCUGAAAAGAAGCGGAGGCGGGAAUCCGUUUCCUCAGUGGACGUAUAUAGCUCAGACGAGGGAAAUAUGUCGAGAGAGCGAGUUGAGAGUCGAAGCACCAGAAGACGGUAUAAAGAAGAAAGCCCACCGGCCAGAGGAAGAGCUACCGAGAGCAGAAGCCCGCAUUGGAAACGACGGGGACUGUCAAAUGACCGCCUGGAUCCUAGGCCUAGGAAUGGGCUCGGUGCUGUCGAGAACAGAGCACCCCCUAGAGAGAGAAGCCUGAGUCCGUUCAGUAAGCGACUCGCUUUAACUCAAGCAAUGAAUCCUAAAAUAUGAUAUCGUGUUUAAAAGAAGGCUGGAUCAGAGACUCAUCACAGAGUUCACUGUACAUGCCUUUUGCCAAAUUCUACGAUGAGUGAUGGUAAGUGUAGGAUAAUAAGAUUACCCUGGCUAAGCCAUAUGCCUUUGUGAUUUGAGAACGCCAGACUCCAAUCUGAUGUCCUCUCUGUGCCUCUAACGCCGUGAUGAUCCCAGCCACUAAACUUUUACACCAUUUCGGUAUCUUCUUUUUCCCUCCUCUCUUCUUCUUCCUCCUCCCUUUCCCUCAACUUUACACCUUCAACCAGAGCAAUACCCUCCAUACCCAUUUCCUCCCCUCCCUCACUUGCUGUAACUGCCCAUCUUCCUGAUUUCGACUUUGCAGCUUCCUGAGCUCCCUCGAUUCUUUCCCGCACCAUUCUCGCAAUUGCAUUCUCCGUCUUCACGUUCAAAACCACCAACUUCCGGUCCAAGUCCCGCUUCAAGUCCCAAUUCGGCUUUUUUGGUUGCAGCUUGAACAGAUCCACGCCUUUGUCAUCGUGCUCCUCUUCCUCAGCCCUUUUCCGGAUCUCAUCCUCGACCUCCUUUGCCUGUUGUUCCAAGGUUUUCUCGACGGCUAACGUUGGUGGCGCUUCAAAGCCAAGCUUUGGUCCCUUUGUUUCAGGAUCAUAGUUCCUUCCUGAGAGGUGUAUCUUUGUAAUAUCAGGUUCGUUAGGUGGUGAGGCCGAGCGUGUUGAUUCAGGUGCUACAAUUUCGUCGCCGGGUUGUUUGCGCUUGAGAUUUUUGAGCUUGGCCAGGCGCGCCUUGCGCUCAUCUGCAGCCGCACCCAAAGUUGCAUGUGUCGAGGACAUGUUCUCUAAUGUGGAAUGUGAUUGACGGGAGUCGUGCCAUGUACCUAUUUUCUCGGUUCGAAGGGCUCUUGGUAGAUGAGGUUUCGCGGGGCUAGAGGCUGGUCAUGUUUAGCGUUUACCUUGCUCGCCUUGGUAGGUACUUUAGUUCAGGAACCAAACUUCUGUCAGCCUGAUCAUGUCGGCUAGCCUGAUAACCUUAUUUUGUUUUUUUUGGAACUUUCCAGCCUCCCAAGUACAAGUAGUGCAGUCUGGUUUAUUCGACGUUCGACUCGGCAGCUCGACUGAUUUCAUCUCCAUGGUGCUUCCCAAAUGCAAUGGAACACUGAACCUUUGCACCUGUAGCUGAUGCCUCCACGACUGGAUCUGCUGACGAAACGCCGGUUGACGUUCGAUUUGCCCAUCCUCCCAUUCCUCGCUCCCCGAGUCUUCGCGCCUUGGCCGCACAGCCUUCGAAGCUACCAUUCAGGGUCACCAGCUACAGUAUAUUCCGAGACGUCUCGUUAUUCUUGGGAGGACAGUAAUGUUCUACCCCAAACGACUUGUGACGUGGCACCAAGAAAUUCGAGCCGUGGUAGUAAAGACAAUCGCAAAGAAGGACAGAAGCAUGAUCUGCCACAGUCCAAGGUUCUGCAAGGAGGAGUGGGAGAUACUCUAAGGAACCCGGUAGAAAAUAAGGGGGGGUCUUGGGAGCCUUCCGAGCUCCCUGGAGACCAGGAUGACUUAAAGACAAAGUACGAAGAGAUAUGGGGUGGAUUGAUGAGAAGGCGCCCCCCUGAAAGCCCAGUCGCUCUUGUCACAAGAGUGAUGGAUACUUGUCAAGGACAAGAAUCCCAGCUACGUCUCAAAUUUUCGAGCAUCCCGACGGAAUUCUCACGCCAGAUUGAAUUGGAGCGAAUCGUCGAACCCCGAAAAGCAUGGUUUCGGAAGUCCAAGUUGAACAGAAUAUCCAAGCAAAGGGAGCAUUGGAUGGGUCAGAAACGAAUCAUUCGCAGGUUCAAAAUCCUACAUCAUGCCAGAGGUUUGCCGAAAUUACGACUGAAGUAUGUCAGAGUCACGCCGGAAGGAAAAUUUGGCUGCUUCAAGUACUCUUCCUGGUGGAAUUGGCGCUUCGCGAUGCUCUGUGCUUGGCGUGAUGGGACUUUGAAAGACAGUUUCAAGCCAAACAUGGCUAUGCCUCGUUAUUCUCGGGUUGCUGAGCCUUUCAUCCGGAAAUUCGUUGAGAAGAAAUCUUCAGCAUUCAUUCGGCAGAGAUGGAUGGAGAUACCUUUAGUUCAGAGAGGGCACACAUGGCAAGAGAUUAUGCUGACCACGUUGGCAUACUAUCCGAGUGAGGCUCUUGGAUUCCUUAAGGCGACAUUCAUGCCGCCGUAUCCACCUGGCUUUGCAGUUUCUGAUAGCCUCGACUUCAUUAUUUCCCAUUACAACGAGAAUAGAGAUGGCUACGGGGCAGAAUUUCUUGUAGCCUUAUCGAAAACAAUCCGUUUUAUUCUUGAAAAAGGUCCAGCGGACCAUGUCCACCUUUCUCAGCGAACUCUGUUUCGCUUAUUGCACAUGAUCUGUCUCGACACAGGAGGGUUGAGGUGCACGUCUGGAAAAUUACUGAAGUUGCAGCGGAGGGCAUGGACAGCGAAGAACAUCUAUCGAUCUCUGGCUAAAGUCGGCCACCCCAUGCAUGAGAAUACCCUCCUUCAAUUUGCGAGUGGACUUGCAAAGAAUGGGGAUAUCAAAACUGCUUGCAGGAUCCUACAAAGACUUAGAGAUGAAGGAUCUGCCUUCAACUCGCCAAAGAUGCUGAGCCUGUGUUCCACUUUACUUCAACAGGCACAUCGGAAAAUGUCGGUCAAGGACGGUGUGCCGCUGGUACCAGCGAUUGAUAUGUUCCGAUUCGUACUGGAGGCAGGCGCUGAAUCCAACCCAAACAUUUACAACAUCUUGAUGAAAAGCUCAUUGGAUACCGGAAACCACGAGAUGGGUUGGAAGAUCUUUGAAACAAUGACAGAAACAGGUCUAAAACCAGAUGCUUACACCUAUUCCAUCCUCUUGAAUGACGCAAAACUGAGGAUGGACGCGUCUGCUAUCAGGGCUGUCAUGGAUCAUGUCCGGCAGAACAGCAUCAGAAACGACUGGAUUAUCACAGAUGUCCUACAUGCAAUUCUACUUCUUCAUAAACAAGAACGGCAAUCAUCCAAAGAAGAUGGAAGUUCAGUACAGCAGGACAAGCCAGCCUUCGAUCGAAUGCUUCAUGUAUAUUGUAACCACUUUCAUCUUGGGCCAUUGGCUCAGAUCAUCCCCAACUUAUUAGAAAAAUAUCCAGGUCUAAGUCAAUUCAUUCAUCGUCCACACGAUCAUUUGCACGACCCACCUCGCCCAACCCUGGUCGUCAUGGUUACAGGCUAUCUUGACAAUGCGGACACACCACAUACUGCGAUGGAAUUUUAUGAGAAUUUUCGUCGCUUGAUUAUCCGGAAUGACCCAGUUGUCGUGCCACUGACAAUGACAACGCAUGUCUGGAACCUCGUCUUGAUGGUAAUAGGCAGAUUCUCCGAACGACUAGCAGACUGCUCAAAUCUUGUCGGAGAUAUGCUGUCUGGGUCAGACCAGUCUUCUACAUCGUCUCAGUCAUCGGUGUCGGACGAAAGCACCACGAAGAAGCAAGACCACACCAUCAACACUGACUUACAGCUACCGCUCAGCCCAGAAGCGAUUAACGUGGAGCCACUCAAUUCGGGAGAACGCGUACGUGCCGAGCCACAAAUGCUGUUCAAGCUGGAAGAUGUCGUUCAUGAGCCACUUACCGUGGAGGAUGAGAAUUUUGACUCCGUUUCUGACUCGUCGUCCGAACCACUUGCUGGAACAGAAGUGCCUGAGCCUAUCGGCGUCACACCUCCUAAACCAGACGUUUACACAUGGUCCAUCCUGCUCAAGAUCUUCAUGGACCACCACCAGCCCCGCGCUGCAGAGAAGGUCCUCAAAAUGAUGAGCGAACGACAAAUCACACCAAGCCAAGUCACAUGGAACAAACUCGCCGUGGGUUAUGCUCGUAUGCAAGAUACUGCUAUGACCGUUGACGUGCUGCGCCGGUUGGAGGCUACUGGCUUAUCAGCUGAUCCUUUCACUAUGAGUGCUCUUGGUUUGAUCAAGCGCCGCAGAGCCCUCAUUGACGCUAUGAGGAGGACGGAAACUCAGCUUGCAGGGGUGGAUAGCCAAUUCUUGGACGGCUUGGGGGGAGACUUGGAGGUAGUUCUGGAUGAAGAAGGACAGGAUGAACCCGAUGCAGGUGGGGGACUUGAAAAGGUGUGGGCAGUGGGAUUCGGUGAGGAGGAAGAGGAGGAAUGGUGGUAAAUUACCAGCUUGUUUGACUAGCAUGUGUUGAAUCUAUAAUCUAACUUAUUUUACUGUACCAUUGCCAAUAUUUGUGAAGAUCAAAGAUACCCAUGUACAAUUAUGAUAUGGACACUAAAUGUAAUUAGUGUAUGCCAUGUUACACCUGUGCCAUAGACGUGUGUUUAUAAACCUGUCGGCAUUCACAUUGCGUUGGCCUUUCGCGCCCCCCUUCGUCAACAUAUACUUUAACGUUUUGGAGUUUGACAGAAAGAACGGCUCCUCCGUUGUUUCUGACCCGUUCCGUGGCAGAUCAAAGAAUUGAAGCUAAUUGAAAGGUAAAGAUAUCCAAGCCAUGCUCAAGAAAAUUAGCAACGCUGAAGAGAAAGAAGAAAACGUUGAUCAUAACUGCCUGAAUGCUUGUGACUCAUGGUAGUGUCGGGUUGAUUCUGUAGUACGCGGUAGUAGUUUCCGUAGGCGAUAUUGAUUCGGGCUGUUUGAAUGCUGUGUAGUGUCACCUAGCCUGUAAUAGCCCGAUUAGGCACCAGGAAUGGCGGGAGUUGGGCCCGUUAGUAGCUCCUGCUCGACGUUUGAGAUCGAGGACUACGAUAAUAAUGUUGGGGAUUGGGGUGAUGAGCUAAAUGACUGUAUGUGUACUGUAUGAAUACCUUUUAGCUGGCAUCAUGCAUAAAAUUAGUAAGUGAUGCACUGGAACUUUGAGAUUGGCUCGAUGUAAUGUGAUUCUGGUGGUACUGGUUGUGAAGCGGUAGGAGACAUUAUUUCAUGAACAGUGACUCCGUAGAGUUAUGAUUCGGCAUCUCAGCAACUUCUACUAUUCGGCAUAUGGAUGGAGAGAUUCGGUCCUCUGGUGAAUUAGACUGCUAGUUGUCGACAUGUGAUGGAAGCAGAGCAGGCCGAGGCCAGCUGUCAAUCUCGCAGAGGUGACAGCAAACAAGCCGGCAACGAUGGGGAUGUGGAAGCCUGGUGAUCAAACAGCGAAUCCAUUAAGGUACGUAUCGAUUCGGGGUGCCUUAAGGCAUGAAACCGAAGAUUCGGUGCUGACAUAGGAUAGUUGCGAGUGACGGUGAAAAGAAGAAGAGAAUCGGUUCAAUAGUUAAAACCUUCACCUGAAAGAGCGACAACUCACAUGGAAAUAUAAAUGACGAGCGUCAUGAAACUUAGCUUACCUAAAGAAUUAAACCAAGCAAGAAGAUGAGUCCACCAAUGUCGCACAGCAUAGAGUAUCCUGUGGUCUCAUUUGUAUUGCGCUGCGAUCUCGAGUCGUUGGCGUUGUCGUUGCCGUCGUCUGAGUGACAGCUGCCAGCGACAGGAUGCCAUAUAAUAAUACUGGUGGUUCCACCAAUCAGUUACCACAAGACGAGCGUGGCGUUAGCCGCAUCAUUGC